AAUACUUCAGUCAAAAUCUACUUAACUACUUAAAAAAAUACAAAGUACACAAAAAAACUACUCAAUUACAGUAACGUGAGUAAAUGUAAUUCGUUACUUUACACCUCUGCUGCUCGCAUACGCGAUAACUCUUUCCAGUCCGCCCUGGACCUGCGCUAACACAGCGCCAAGCCCAACCCCUGAAGCGUCGGUCAGCCGUCCACGUGAAGGGUAUGACUGUCUGGGGCAAUGACGAGGCACAACACUAACCCUGGAGAUGCCGAAGAGAAGAGACAUUCUUGCCAUCGUGUUGAUAGUGUUACCGUGGACUCUGCUCAUCACCGUCUGGCACCAAAACGCGAUAGCACCACUGCUGGCCACUCGCAAGGAUGACGGUGCAACAGGACACCGGGAGGCGGGCACGGCUGGGGACUCCAAGGAGUACUGUUCCCCGGACAAGGACAUCGUGGAGGUGGUGCCCACGGAGUACGUGUACACGCAGCCGCCGCCCUGGUCCGACGUGCUACACACCAUCCACAUGAUCAUGCCAACGUACAGCCGGCCCGUGCAAAAAGCUGAGCUCACGCGGCUGGCCAACACCUUCCUGCACGUGGCCAACCUGCACUGGAUCCUGGUGGAGGACUCGCAGCGGCACACGCUGCUGGUGGCCCGACUGCUUCGCGAGACGGGCCUCAACUACACGCACCUCAAUGUGGACAAGCCGCGCAACUACAAGCUGCGGGGCGAUGCCCGCGACCUGCGCAUCCCCUGUGGCACCAUGCAACGGAACCUGCCGCUGCGCUGGCUCAGGGAGACCUUCAGCCAGCCGGGCAUCAUGUACUUUGCUGACGAUGACGACACCUACAGCCUGGAGCUCUUUGAGGAGAUGCGCUCCACAUGGAAGGUCUCGGUCUGGCCCGUGGCGUUUGUGGGUGGUCUGCGUUACGAGUCGCCUAAGGUCAACGCCGCCGGCAAGGUCUACAGCUGGAAGACCGUGUUUGAUCCGCACCGGCCGUUCGCCAUCAACAUGGCGAAGCCAGCCAUCAACCUGCGCCUCAUCCUCUUCAAGCCCCAGGCCUACUUCAAGCUGCAUGGGGUCAAGGGGGGCUACCAGGAGAACAGCCUGCUACGAGAGCUGGUCACCCUCAAAGACCUGGAGCCCAAGGCGGCCAAUUGCACUAAGAUUCUUGUUUGACACACCAGGACAGAAAAGCCUGUGCUUGUUAAUGAGAGUAAAAAGGGAUUCACGGACCCCAAUGUGGAGAUCUGACGUCCGUCAUCUCUAACACUGGGACCUGGCUUUGGUGAAGCUCUGUACGAACCAGAGAGUGCUCAUCUUAGACUCAAG